GAGUUUACCAAUUGAAAAAAAGGUGACUCAGUGCACGAAACGCCAACCAUUUUGACGGAAAACAGAUGUCCCAGUUGACAGUUUGCAUUGAUAGAGAGCUUGCUUCUUUAUCAGCUAUACCCUUUCAGCCUUAUAUCUUUAGAGUGGAUGAUCAACUGCGCAGGGAAAACAAGAAAACCUAUGAGCCAGAAAUGCUUGCAAUUGGCCCUUAUCACCACAAUAAAGCUAGCCUACAAAUGAUGGAAGAGCAUAAGUUACGGUAUUUACAAUUGAUGCUUAAACGGAGAAAUGAGUCAAGUGUAGGUAGAUAUGUCACAGCGCUAGAAGAAUUGGAAGAAAAAGCUGAGAAAUGUUAUGCACAUUCUACUGAGCUCAAGAAAGAUGAGUUUGUGCGAAUGAUGCUGCUUGACGGGUGCUUCAUGAUCGAAUUAUUUCGAAAGUUUUUGAAUGAAGAAUUGAGAGAUACCAAUGACCCUAUUUUCCAAUUGACAAGGAUCCGGUGCAUUUUACAUAGAGAUUUAUUGUUAUUUGAAAAUCAACUUCCAUUUUUUGUCCUCCUUCGAUUGUUUGACAUGACCAAAGAUCCAAACCAACAAGAUAUUCCAAGCCGAAUAGACAACAUAUUCUACUUAGCCCUCAAUUUUUUUGAGAGUUUACCAGAUUUGAUCUAUUUACAGCCUUCUGGAUUUCCGACAAAUAAUGUCAAGCAUCUUCUUGGCCUCGUACAUGAUACAUGGUGUUCUUCAUUUGCUGUAAUGGUGUCUUCCCGUGGAAAGUAUGCAGACCAAGGAAGGAGAUGGGAGUUCAUAAAAUGUACAACAGAACUGCUAGAGGCUGGGAUUAAAUUUGAGAAGGCGACAGAAUAUUCCUCCUUGCUGGAUAUAAAGUUCGAAAAUGGGGUCUUGAAAAUCCCGCCUUUGGUCAUUUCUGACGAAACAGAGUUAUUGCUUAGAAAUCUGAUUGCAUAUGAGCAGUACAACAGAGGAAUUGAACCAUUUUAUUUGACUGAUUAUGCCACAUUUAUCGAUUGCCUCAUUAACACUCCGAAGGAUGCCGAAAAACUACGCCACUAUGGAAUUAUUGAUAACUGGUUAGGUGAUGAUGAAGCGGUUUCUACAAUGUUCAACAAACUGGGCAAUUAUGUUAUUGUAGAUUCUAUAACAUUUUGUUACUCGAAAGUUUUCAAGAAAAUUAACGAGCACUGCGAACGUCGUAGGCACAUAUGGAUGGCAAAUUUAAGGCAUAAUUAUUUCAACAGUCCGUGGUCUAUCAUUUCACUUAGUGGUGCUAUUUUGUUGCUUCUGCUCACCAUGGUCCAGACUAUAUGUUCUAUUCUACAAUUCUAA